GGCGAUGACUAUCAUCUCGUCUGUGGCGGAGGGGGCGCGUCUGUGCUGAAGGGAAAGCGGGAUUCAAUUUCAAACCCGAGCCAGAGAGGGAAGCGCCAUCGGAUUGGGCGAUUAGCAUUAAAAACGCGAAUAACUUCUACGUUUCACUAUUUUAAAAAAUAACGCCAAAGGUCGUCGUCGCAUUUGGAAGAGUGGUGUGCUGCGUCUUCGCUAUAGUGCUGGAUCUAUUUGGGGGAUAAAACGACGCCCCUCCGCUUCAUCAUUAGCUGCAGGUGUUAUAAAACAAUAUCCCUUGUAAAACUAUUUUUUUGGUAAUUGGUUGUCGGUCUGAUUCUGCACUGCAACGUAGAUUUGUGCGGGAAACAUGCCGAGGUCCAACAGACAGCGGGAAUACAAACCUGGAGACCUGGUAUUUGCUAAAAUGAAGGGGUAUCCACACUGGCCUGCUCGGAUUGAUGAGUUUCCCGAGCGGGCAGUGAAGUCGCCCUCCAACAAGUACCAGGUGUUCUUUUUCGGGACACACGAGACGGCCUCCCUCGGCGCCAAGGAUUUGUUCCCGUAUGACGAGUGUAAGGAGAAGUUUGGCAAGGCGAACAAGAGGAAAGGCUUCGCUGAGGGCCUUUGGGAGAUCGAGAACAAUCCCACGGUGACACACGAAGGCUAUAAGUCAUCAAAGAAGGACAAUGCAUCAGAAGAAGCAGCCGGCUCAGACAAAGCUGACGGCAGCAGCGAUGAGGACGAGGGCGCCCUCGUCAUCGACGAGAAGAACGACAGAGGAAAUAAACGUAAGGCAGACGAGUCGGCCGAGGUGUCACCCAAGAGGCCGAAGGACGGCGAAGCUGAGGGUGCUUCCAAUGCGGGCGGUGCCAAGACGGAGGGCAAGGCCAACGAUGUGACUGCUGCACCCAAGGCAGCUGUUCCCCCCUCGCAGGCAGAGUCCAAAGCGGAGGAGCCGGAGAACAACGCAGCAGGGGGACGGGAGACGGCAGACAAGGCAAGGCCGUGACAGACAGCGCUUAACAUCCACCUUCAGCAGACGAGAACCUUUUUGAUGCUUCUCACUGGAAUCCUAAGCAUCAAACACCAAGACCUGCAGGAAGACACACUUCUCGAAGUUCAAUUAAUAAUAAUUGUAAAAGGAAAAAAAAAAAAAAAAGAAAACAACCUGACGUUUGUAUUGAGAAACAAACCAAUGUU